AUGUCUCCAGGGAUCGCUUACCUCACCACAUCCCUGACCAACCAUCCUCGACCUAUCCGGACCCAGGUGUUUGGGGUACAUCGGCCGGCUGUGGCGUUUGGGCCUGGGUUUUGCACUUUGUACUCUUAG